AUGUCAGACUCAACAACAAACACAACGACAGCGCCAGAUUUUUCGCCUGACGCCGGUGACGUUGGUUUCGUACUAACGUCAACAGCAUUAGUAUGGAUUAUGGUGCCUGGCGUAGGAUACUUUUACAGUGGAAUGGCUAGAAGUAAAAAUGCAUUAUCACUUAUAAUGUUAUGUAUGUUGUCAGUGGCUGUCGUCUCUGUUCAGUGGUGGAUAUGGGGAUUUAGUCUAGCUUUUAGUAAAACUGCAAGUAAAUUUGUUGGAAAUUUAGACAAUGUAUUCUUCAUAAAUGUAAGAGGUGACCCUUCCAUAGCGAGUGGGAAAAUCCCGGAUUUAGUGUUUGCCAUUUAUCAAUGCAUGUUUGCAGCAAUUACACCGGCUUUAGCAAUAGGUUCAGGAGCUGAACGUCAACGAAUCUUGCCCACAUUGAUUUUUAUCUUUAUUUGGUCGACACUUGUUUAUGACGUUAUCGCGUGUUGGAUUUGGAAUCCAAACGGAUGGUCAGCUAAUCUAGGUGGACUCGACUUUGCAGGUGGAACUCCAGUGCAUAUUUCAUCGGGUGCUGCUGCUCUCGCUUAUUGUAUUAUCCUCGGUAAACGUCACGGACACGGCACUGACGAAUUCAAACCCCAUAAUGUUGCGCAUAUCUUACUUGGUACAACUUUACUAUGGUUUGGUUGGUUCGGAUUUAAUGGUGGAUCUGCAUUAAGUGGUAAUCUUCGUGCCGCGAUGGCGUAUACCGUAACAAAUAUUUCUGCCUCAGUUGGCGGUCUCACCUGGAUGCUACUAGAUUAUCGAUUAGAGCGUAAAUUCUCGGCGUUGAGCUUUUGUUCGGGUACGGUUGCUGGAUUGGUGGCUAUUACUCCAGGUUCAGGUUAUGUUGGAACGCCUGCGGCAGUUGUAUUCGGCUUCUUCGGUGGCUCAAUAUGCAAUUACGCUGUCAAAUUGAAACACUAUUUUGACUUUGAUGACGCGUUAGACGUUUUUGCUGUGCAUUGUGUUGGUGGCAUGAUAGGAAAUAUCUUAACCGGCAUCUUCGCUCAGAAAUCAAUCGCGUUCUUGGAUAAAACGACAAGAAUUGAUGGUGGUUGGUUAGACGGGAAUUGGAAACAAAUUGGAUUCCAAGUAUCAGAUUCGAUAGCCGGGUUCGCGUAUUCAUUCUGUGUCACAUACAUAAUCUUAUACCUUAUGGAUAAAACUCCCGGACUAUCAUUACGUACCGAUAUUAAUAGCGAAAGCGCGGGACUCGAUGAGACAGAGAUGGGCGAACAAGCUUAUUACCACGUCAAUGCAAAAUUAGUUUCCGUCGAUCCAAAGAACAGCGAACCGAAAGCUUUUCAGCCAGAAGAAAUUUUAGGACAACAAAUUCGUUAUGCAACUACCACUAGUGAUAAUUUAAGUGUUGCUUCUGGAAGACCUUAUUAUUAG